GAGCAGUAAUUUGCUGCUAUAAUUUUGGUUGUUCUUGUCUCCGUAAUGUGUAAAGGAGGGAUGCCCCUAUGCCCUUUCAGGGCUUUUGUAUUUAAACAAGAGGUCACUUUUUUCUCUCUCUAUUCCUACCCUCGUUUCGUUCCUUCUACAUUACCCUCAAAAAUACAAAAUACACCUUUAUAUGCUCAAUCUAUGCAAAUUACGUGGCAUCAGAUAUCGUCACCACAAUUACAAAAUCGGCUAUUCUGUAACGCUGCUAUGUAUAAUCAUGUUACUAUUGUACAAAUAUCAACCGGCAAUUAUCACAAGUACGGAGGAGCUAUCAGAAGUGAACAAAUUUACCGCAACAUGGAGGAAAUAUGAUUGUGCCAACACUCCUGUGCCAACUAGAUACUUUGAUAAGACCAAUUUUUCUUUGAGGGGUCUCAACUCGACAGCAAGCUUGUGGCUAACGGCCGUCAGUAAGCGUAGUCCUAUUCACGUUAAACCAGGACAGCCAUUUUGCGUUCGAGUGGCGGUACCUCCAACCAAUUUUGGUCAAAAUCACGGAGCUCCCCUUCCCCCAGUCAAAUUGAAUGAUAGUGAUGAGGCAGAUACUCUCGUCGUUUGGGCAUACAGUGAGGUGACAGGGAUUCGAAAGGUACUUGAUAUGAAGCCAUGGGCCGGGUAUCGAAGGCAUAUGAAUGACGGAGACAUGGCAAAAACGAAUUUCAGUCUACCAAGGGACACGUUUCGAAUCUACGAAGCAGAGGUUCAAUUGUAUGACGCAUCAUAUUACCAGUUUGACGGAUUUGUGGAAAGACGCCUGGAGGGCUCAACCACACCAUGGAGAAUACAGAAAUCACAAGAUAUGGUACUUGUUGAAGGACUUCGCUUACCACACAAGUGGAGUCUCGAGUCAAGACUGAGUCUUCCUUUGUGCUAUGGCUCAGAUCACAACGGUCGAUGGGUUGCCAAAGAGAAAAUCGAAUUUGGGCCAACAAUGCGUCCGUUGAAGAAGAAGUCUGCCGUUUUCACCGUACAAAGAAACGACGAUCAGGUUGCAUGGGUACCCUAUGAAUGCAGGCACAAGGUUAUGAAGUUACAAGCCAUACGAACAUGUUUACAACGGACUGCAAAAAAAGUUCAUUGGUAUAUCGACAAUGAAGAUAGAGGAGUCUACCUUAGAAAGUUUUGGAGCCAUGGUCGAUGGUGCAGUAGACAGGAUGCUUGGAGGGAAAGGUGCUCAUGUGCAGAUCCUGCAUAUGACUGGAAGAAGAUGAAAUCUGCCCAUGGCCAUCUGGACCUUCUGCUUGUUAAUCAUACCAAAUUUUUGGAUCUAUCCAUAGAACGCGAAAGCGUACUUCCUGGUGAAAGGGUCGACCACGCACCAGAAUCACCUUAUGCUGAGCAAGAAAGCCUCAACGACACCGCCACGAUGGAAGAGAUUGAUCCCAAAAUUACUGUUAUCAAGUUUGGAGGACUAUCCAGAGCUAUAAAACCUAGCAAAUCCAUGGCGGAUCCCUUUGAAUCUUCUUAUCUUGACUAUAUUAACGACAAAGAUCACUUCUGGAGCCCAGGAUUGGUUAUACUUGGCCUUCCGUUGCGUGACAUUAGACUUUUGACUUUCAAGCAAUUCGACGACCGACUUACUGAGCUUAUCCAAAACUUCAAGCACCGAUAUUCACUUGUGCCAAUAAUAUACAGAAGCUUUCGAUAUUCAUGUUGUGGUAAGGAGGGCUUAACUUCUGACCGCAUAGAGAAGUAUGAAAUGCAUACAAGGAAGCGACUUACAGAGGAGCUGGGGGCAGAAGUAUGGGAUAUCUGGACUAUGGAAAGGGACUGGUCCACAGCAGCUGACUAUGCUCAAACCAAACAAUGUCGAAAUUCACAUCCUUUAGCGCACGGAUUGAUAGAGGCUGAGAGCCAUGUUCUUGUCAAUGCCCUUUGUAACGAAUUGAGCGGGUAGAUGAAGAAAUUGUAAAAUAAAUGUCAUUUUCUAGAAUCUACUUCACGCCAACUUACAUACGUUGCCAACGCUUCGGCUCUAUGUAGGCGAACCAUGGCCAACCCAACCUCAGUCUUCACCUCCCAGCCAUACCAAGUGGUUCCAUCCAUUAAACCUUUUAUGAAUUUCAUUAUUUC